GCGGUGUGUGCGCGGUGCGGGCCGUCCCUCCUCUCCGCUGCCGGAAACUUUCUCUCUUAACCGCGGCCAGAGGGGGGAGCCGAUACAAAAAGGGUUCUCAGAGGUUGCGAGCAGCAGCCUCUGAGGCCUCCGCUGCUCCGCUCAGGGAGCUGAGAUGGAUUCCAGCGGCGAGACCCACGAGCUGAACGGGCGGGCGGAGGGAGCGGAGCCGGCGGUGGUCGAGCGGUACAGACCGUCACAGUGGUUUCAGAGAAAUGGGCCUAUGAAUAUCAACCACUACGCAAACAAGAAGAGUGCUGCAGAGAGCAUGCUGGACAUUGCACUGCUGAUGGCCAAUGCAUCGCAGCUGAAAGCUGUGAUUGAGCAAGGACCUUCUUUUUCAUUUUAUAUGCCUCUUAUUGUUCUUAUCAGCCUGUCGCUCACAAUGCAAGUUAUAGUGGGAGUACUCCUGAUAUUCCUUGUAAAAUAUGACCUUAACAACCCUGCAAAACAUGGUAAGCUGGAUUUCCUCAACAACCUUGCAACUGGACUUGUAUUCAUUAUAGUUGUUGUGAACAUUUUCAUCACUGCCUUUGGAGUUCAGAAGCCUGGUGCCAAAUCAGACUAAAAGCAGGGAGUACAAGAGAUCUGAAGCAUUCAUUCUUCCAUAGAUGCCACUUGCACUUGGGCCAGCUACACUUGGACACAUUAAGAAAAGAAUAUGAAGAAGCCAGACACACAGAACAGCCUUCUCAGGAUUCCAACAAGCAACACACCUGUGUGCCUUGAGCUUUCCAAUGUGUUAACACUUAAAUUGUUUGGCACCUACGGAAAGAGUGCUUUUGACCCAUAGGACAUUGCUUUUCUGGGGACUGGCAUUUCAAUUUAUAAAUCAUUUUUUCAGAAGAGUGGCAUAAACAGGCAUCAACUGAUGGCACUUCACACAUUUCAGGACUUCCCAUUUCUGUGCCUUUUGCUUUUGCAGUGACUUGAUAUUUACACGGCGAUAAGAAACUGCAGGCCUCCAGUCUGGCAUGUUCCCAUUGUCCUUCAUUUCACUCACUUGGCACCUAUGCUGUCCAUAGCACAGCAGUUUUCCCUUCCAUUUUUCCCAACAUAGCCGUGUCUUGUUUCCUCUCCCAGUUCCAUUCUUUAACUAAAGCAGUAGACUAUCUUUUGGCCAGUUAUUCCUUACAGGUAGUCCUGCAUUCUUUUUCUUCAUCUCUGGACCACAGUUAAAGCUCUCUGCUGUGUGCACAAACAGACAGACAACCUCAUUGCUCUAUUACUUACUGCUACACUCCAUGUUCUGAGGAUUAGAUGUACUUCUGGAAACCUUAUCAAAUUAGAUACACAUUCUGUGUCCAGCUGGAAAACUAGAGGAUACAGGGUAAACUUAAUCUGCUAAACUGGUGCAGAGAGCCUGCCUGCAGUUCUAGAAGGAAGCUCAUGACUUGCUUUAUCCUCUUUGAGAUAGCAAGUGCUGCAGCUGUUUUUAUGAGUUAAUGGCUAAAAUAACUUUAAAUACAUAUAUACGCAUAUCUUUCAGGUUAUUACCUGCUGGCUCAGGGACUGACACUUGUUCUAAAUACACUAUUGCAAGUAAUGGUGUUUAAAAAAAAUUGUGGCAAUUUUUUACACUUCCAAAGAAUCACAUCUGCAGUCAGAAAGUCCUGCUUUACUACAUCAUGCUUUCUUGUAGUUGCAGAUUUGUUCUAAUACAUUUCCUUACAAUUAAGUAUUAAAUGCUAUCUUGCACAUAUUAAUAGAAGUUUGUCUUCCAUGUAUCUCAUCUCAUUUCUCUUUAAUUAUGUUCCAAGCUCCAUUGAUGUACCACAUCUUCAUUACAUGCUCUAUAGCAGUUACUGACAAGAAACAAAUCAGAAACUUGUCCGCUAGUAAUAAAAUAGGCUACAUUCCUUUUGAUUUUUCUGUUGCUUUCGACUUCACACGUAUUUAACCAGUAUUUGGCAAACAAUGGUUUGAAUUAUGUGCACUGUACAAAUUUAAGCGUAGCUCCAAACAAGUACUGAAUGAGGCAUUUGGGACCUCACGACUGUUUUGUUUUUCCUUCUUUAAUACAAACCAGUCAACUGUUUAUACGUACUUGUUGCAGUGCUGUACUGCAGUGAACUGACUGGCCACACAGCAGUACAGGAAACCUUAAACAUUUUUCUAUCUUGGGAAGAUGUGAUUGUAGGCAGUGACCCAAUGUGUUUUUGGCACUUAAUGCUUUAACGUUCCGAUUUGUCCUUACUGCUCUAAAAGCAGAUGCAGACAAAAGCUCUACUGAUGCAUACUCUGUUUAUAUGUGGUGAUGAUAUGGCCUGGUUUUGAACGGAGCUUUCCAUUCCUGCCACACUUGUUGCCGCAAACGUCCCUCUUGUGCGCUGAAGCACAUGAGAGCAGCCUGAUAGGGCUGCAGCACAGAUGUAUCAGGAAGACAAGGCACGGCAGCAAGGCUCUCUAUCCUAUCUCCCCAACCAGCUGCGCUGUAGAAAUGAAAAAAUAAGUGUGUGCAGAGCACUGGGGUGCAAACAUUCACCAUGUGAUGAUAUGAUUCCAGUGGACCCUUCCAAGACAAUUUUUGGGACACAGAAGAGGAAGAGAAAAAUACUUAAUGUUGAAUGCAUUGCUGAGUGCCAAGGGCUGACCUGCAUUAAGGGGGAGAUGCCUGCUGACUUGGAGUCUUCUGGAACCAGGCUUAGCACAAGAAAUCCUUCAGUCACCCUGAGCUGCAACUGCAACAGCAAAACAGGGAUGACUGCAACUUCAGAAGGCCUGAUUUCUUCUAAUCCUGACACGUGAAAGCCUGAUCCUAAGGUCAUCCAUCUCUGCUGGACAUCAACAGUAUUCACCUUACAAACAGACAUUUGGGGUGUUUGUUUGCUUUUAAAAAUAAAAUUAAGAAGGAUAUUGGUUUAUUACUACAUGUUUUGUUGUGCUUACGUAAAAUAUGGAACAUCUCUUCAGACACGCAAUCUGGGUUUUAAGUCUCUGCAGCCUUUAGAGGUCAUGUAUCUUUUAUCAGACAAAAGUAUAAAUAAUUAAAUCUUGCGAUUAC